CCUUCCUUACACACCUUAUUUGCAACAUACACAGUCAUUCACUCUCUUUUGAGUUUUGCUUUUGAACGCCUAUUGCGACGCCGUGCAGACUCGCAUAGAGAUAUGCCACAUUCUCUAUAACCUUUACUACAGUCAAGCUUCAGACUUGCACUUAUUAUAGUGGAGGUGCAUGCGACGACCCGCUGCUGACAUUUCCGAGCUCUAAGCGCAACGUAUGCGAUUAAGUGACGCACAUCCGCCGGGCAUCGCACCCAAACUUCCGACACUCACUUGACACGCCAACAUGGAUGAUGACGUUCUAGAGAUCAAUCUGAAGAUUCUAUCCCCGUCGACUGAAGUCAAGGGCGAUAUCAAUCUCCCUUCCAUUGCCGCUACCACCACUAUCAGCGAGCUCAGGGCCCGAUUACAGAAUGAGAUUGAGACCAGGCCUGCUGUGGAGCGCAUGCGGUUGAUAUAUCGGGGGAGGGUAGUUGCCAACGAUUCGGAUUCAUUGAUAAACAUCUUUGGGCUUGAGAAUAUUCGCACAUCCAAAGAUCAGACUCUCCACCUUGUCCUACGCGAAUUACCCCAAUCAGCGACAGACUCUGCUGCUACUGCUGCUCCACGAUCGUCUACCGCACCCCCAAAUCCCUUCCGUCCGGUCCCAAAUCCGCCAGAAACACCUACUCCAACGGUCCCCUUGCGACCAGCUGAACAGGUACCUCGACCCAAUACACAGCCGCCUUUCCAGCAACAUCCACCGGGUCUCCAAUAUCAAAACCACCAUAAUCUGCCACCGAACCCACCUGUAUUUGCAGUUCCGGGAGGAAUUCACAACCCUGUACUGCAACAGCAUAUUGGCCAGCUUCUCGCGCGGACGCAGGGCUUAAAUGCUGCCCAAGGACAGGAUGGUCACCUUCGUCUUCCAAGAGACGGAUCUCCAGCCCCUGGGGGAGAUGCAAGCACGCCAUCGCCUGGAGCAGUACCUACGGCAGGUCCGGGACACGCCCACCCACCAGGGAAUACUACCCGAAUCAUUCGCCAUGAGAGCAUAGGACCUAAUGGGGAACGUUGGACCUACACGGUCAACAACACAAGCAUAACGAUUCCGGCCCAUACUCAUGCGCAGUCCAUGGCUCCCCGUCCAUUUCCACAUCCACCUGGCUUUGCUCUGCCGGCUAGGCCGCUAUCAGGAGUUCCGGCAGCUGGAGUCGAUCAGCUGCUGACUCGUACGAGUGCUGAGCUUCAGCAAGCCAGACAAGAGAUGGAGAAUGUUAGGGUAUUACUGCAGCGACCAGGUGGUCAAGCAAGGGGCAUAUCGCCCGACGACACAUUACUUCCACCUGCAUGGCGUAUUGACCGCAUUCGACUUCACUUGAAUAACAUCACAUUAACGCUCGAUAGCCUGCAACACAGGCUCGCUGCUUUAUCUACGGAAUCGGCCGUGCCCCAAACCAGAGAUUUGGCGUCAAUGCAGCAGACUGCAGCAGACCUCAGAAGCCAGGCGGCGGACUUGCGUAACACGUUGGGCCGAUUACAGGCUCAGAAUGCAUCCAACCAAGGAUCUACAAUCCCAAAUGGUCUUUCUUCUUCGUCUUCCUCAACCCCAAACGCAUCACAGCAAACGUCAGCUGCUCAAGCACCCAUAGGCAAUGAUGCUGGCAAUUCAAGUCUUGCGAGCAGCGGUCCUGAAUUAUUCAUUUUAUCAAGUCCUCAGGGGCCUGUUGGCAUUUUGUUCGACCAACGUGGCACGUAUUCUACGGCACCAAUGGUGCCUACUCUGCCCUUCCAAGCUUUCACGCAGCAGUUUUCCGCCAACAGACAAAUCCUAUCAGGCCUGGGACAGCAGCUCGCUCACAAUAAUGUUCAAUUACGAAACCAGAUUGCCACUGCACAACCUGCUAACAAUGCUCAGCCUGCAACAACUAAUCAACCCAACCAGGAGAGGCCUCAGAACCAGAACCAGAACCAGGUCCAGAAUCAGGUUCAGAACCAAAACCAAGCGCUCAACCAAGCACAGCCCCAAGCCCCCGAUCCGGAUCGCGUUAUGGUCAUGUUUGGUCAUGCAUGGCUCAUCGUGAAGCUUGCAUUUUUUGUCUAUUUUUUCGCUGGCGGUGGUUCGUGGUACAGACCAAUGCUGAUAGGUGGUAUUGCCGCCGCCGUCUACCUGGCGAAUUUGGGGAUGUUUGAAGGCCAAUUUGAUGGCAUUCGACGCCACUUCGAAGGGCUGCUUGGGCUUAUCGACCAACACCCGAACCGUGCCAAUGCGCCACGCAACAACAAUGGCCGUGCAGCACAGAGAAAUCCUACCCCAGAGGAAGCCGCCCAGCGCCUUGUCCAGGAGCACCAUGAAAGGCGGGUUGGGUGGGCAAGGGAAACCUUCCAUACAGUCGAGCGCGCCUUCGCGUUGUUCGUUGCUAGCCUUUGGCCGGGCAUUGGUGAACGCAUGGUGCAGGCCCAAGAGGAGAGGGAGAGGGCGGAGCGUGCGGCGGAAGAAGAGCGUGCGAGGCAAGAAGAGGAGAAGAGAAACCUGGAAGCACAGCAGGCGGAAGAGGAAGCCUCUCGAUCGUCAACUGUAGGGUCCAAGGCUGAGAUCAAGAGCGACGAGACCAACCCUCAACCCUCAUCUAGCAAAGGCAAGGAAAGGGCAGAAUAUCCAGUGGACUCGGACGCAGUCGUUGCAUCGUCAUCUUCUUAAUUUCGUAGCACAACUAGCGGCGCACAGCUUGGAACUUGUGGUCCUGUAUGCGUUUUGGUCUCCUUUUUCUUUAUUUUGAAUAGCGGGAGCACUUUUCGGCAUUAGAUACCAAAUGACAUUUCUUACGAUC